CAAAAGUAAGUUUUGAGUAAGCGAUACAUUUAUAUUCAUUGUGUUUUAGUGGAAAGUGUGUUUGUUCUGAUUGAGCUUAUCAAUUUAAUUUGCUAAAUAUAGAUCAAAUGCCCUGUAAUAAGACUCUACAGUCAGUGGUUGUUAAAUCUGGAGAUAGUUUGAUAUUAAACUGUACCUGCUUUAACAAGUCAAAUGGCCAAUGGACUGGUCUAGAUAGGCGACCAUCCUCAGCUUCUGAAAAAUAUAUACCAUACACACAUGGAACAGAUUUGAACCCAAGUUUAAACAAGUCAAAAUACAUGGUGUUUGGUGGAUACGAUGAUAGCACGUGCUAUUUAAAGAUUAUGAACUUCAUGUCAGAUGAUGAUGGUAAAUACAUGUGUCAGUAUAUCAGCUCGGAAACAGUUCACAUAAAUGUAUAUAACGUAGUUGCGACAAAAUAUAUGGGAGAUACGUCUUCAGUAAAUCAUGAUGGAAAGAAAACGAAAACAGAAACAUACACGUUUGAAACUAAACGCAUCGCGGUUCCUGAUAAAACGUCCUUGUCCCUAGAGUGGAUGUUGCCUCUGAUUGUUAUAAUAAUUACAUUUGGUGUAGUAACAACUAUUUUACUGUGGCGUAGAAAAGACAAAAGUGAAAGCACCACAAGUUGGAUUGAAGAUAUUGAAGAAAAUGCUCAAGGUGAUUCGGUUGACAAUCGCUUGUACCAUGCAUCCGAAAUUCUUGAAAUAAACAAUAGACAGAGACAUAAUAGAGUUAGCCGAAAUCAAGCUUUGUCAUCCUCUCAAAUACAUACCGAUGAAGGAUAUAGCGGUGUGAACGGUAAAAGAUAUUGUAUAUUUUUAUAA